AUGAAUGAAAAGGGAAUUUUCAUAUUGUGUACAGCUUUGCAAUGGAUUGUAUUCGUUUUAGUUGUUCUUUUGGCUUCAAUUGAUAGAAUAAAAGAUUUUGGUAGCCAUAAAUGGAUUUUUUUAUUGCUUAGGUCCGGUCUUAGUCGGUCAGUGAGUAUCAUAUUUGCAUUUAUUACGAUAACCACUAAAUUGUUGGCUGGAUUUGUAAUCCCUGCACUGGCGACAUUAAUUUAUACAUUCGUAAAAUUGAUAUGGGACGCAAAAUCAACAACAGGUGGAAGCAUUUACUUUGGAAGCUUGACAUUCUUGAUGAUAGCAGUCUCGUUUGUUGCUUUCUUGAUUAUGUUCCCUCCCAAUGAAAAAAAAUGUUAUAUGUCUGAUUAA